AGCUUGGUAACACUGCUUUUUUUUAAUAGAUCAUGAAAAUAUAAAUUUUCGGAGGGAGCUUCUGAAGAACUUUUACAAACACUUCUCAAAAUGGAUGGAAGAAAUGUUGAUUUUUCAGGAUUUACUAAACAAACUGCAACGGUAUUAUGCGGUAUUGGAGCCAAAGACCUAAUAAGAGAGUUCAGGAAGAAAAAUUUAUCAACCAGUGCAUUAUUCAAGUUAACUAAAGAAGAUUUUAUGCAGCUUGGUGCUAGUGAAGAUCGUGCUGCACAUUUGACCAAUACUUUAAAUACCUCAAAGAAAAAGGAUUUAAAUAUAAGACCAAAGUGUUAUGAGAAGAUAUCUGAUAAUAUAAUAAUAUUGAAAGUAGGAAAACAGCAGUUAGCUGUAUUGCAAGCUUUUAUAGCAUAUUGUAGAUUCAGAUUUGAAGACAAAAUAUGCAACUAUUUUAUGGAUCAUGAUAAGGCUAUAAGUAUUUCUCAGAUUCAAUGUGCCACUGUUGAUUUUAUACUUAAAGAAAUUAAUGAAGCUGAGCUAAAACUGAAAGAAUUGAAAAAGCUUUGAAAUCUCCGCUUCAGUCGCACUAAGAUGGACGGUGGAGCGUACGGUGGCGGAAAGGCCGGGGCACCUUUCGAUCCGAUCGCGUUCGUCCAACGGCCGCAGGUUGUUCUAAGAGCGGUAUGUCUGCUCUUUGCAAUAAUUGUAUUCGGUUGUAUAAGCAGCAAGGGCUACCUUCCGAAAGAAGAUGGGAAGGAAGUCUGUCUUUACAAUGAUGACAAUAAUGCUUGCAAUUAUGGGAUCGGUAUUGGGGUAUUGGCAUUUUUGGCUAGUAUCGGCUUUCUCGUUGGUGAAUACUUGUUUGAACAGAUGUCGUCUGUCAAGACUAGAAAACAUUUCGUCCUUGUGGAUUUGGGCUUUUCGGGCUUCUGGUCUUUCUUGUAUUUCGUGGGAUUCUGUUACUUGACGAAUGCAUGGAAUAAUUCUCCAAGACCAAAGGACGGAUAUGGCGUAAAUAAUCUGCAAGCGGCUAUUGCGUUCUCGUUUUUCUCCAUCUUCACUUGGGCUGCUUGUGCUUGGUUUGCAUUUCAAAGAUUUAAACAAGGAACUGACGCAGCAUUCGCUCCGAGUUACGAAGCGGAUCCUGUUGGUGGUGCAGGAUAUACAAGUUACCCUGAUGCUACUGAUACUGCUUACCAGGAACCGCCAUUUGGCCAACAGCAGCAACGGGGUAUGGGUGACUUCCAAGCCCCAGCUUAUUAGGAGUCAUCCAUAGUCAAUACCAAAAUGUAUUUCCAUCGGAUUGCACAGCGAACUACUUACGAAGGAAGAUGGUUUAGGAUAAUUUCUUAAAACAAGAUUAUAUUGUUUUCUACCACCUAUUUUGCUUAAAGACUAAAGAAGAACUUCAUUCGCUGAUAGGUCGCUGGGCAGCGUUUGUCGUAGACAACAUACAUCGGAGUCGAUUGUACAGCAAUUGUGAUUUGACAUAUUGAAGUGUGAAGUCAUCUUUUGUUCGAAAUAAGAAAACUAUUAUACGCGUACUUACGAUAUAAUUUUAAGUUGCGGGAUUAAGUAUUUGUUUAUUUAAAUAAUUCUAUGUUGUACGUUGUAUUAAGCAAACGUGAACAUCGUUAGAGACAUCUAGUAAUUUAGUAGUUUAGCGAUUAAUUUGAGAGAAUUAUACAUUCUAGGCAUAUGUGUAUAUGAAGCGAGCUGUUGAGUAUAAUAGAUACUUUGAUUUAUGUUCAUGUAAAAAUAUCACUAAAAUUCUUAUAUAGAAAUUUACGUGUAUACCUUUUGCUUGAGGUUUCGGCACGUCUAAUUCGUAUAAUUCUCUCAAAAAAAAAAUAUCUACUAACUUUCAAUAAUAAGAUAUCCUGGUAAUUUGAGAAGAACAUGGUUUGUGUAUAAAGUAUUACAUGAGGUGCAAUAAUAAUCAUUAUAUGUACUCUAAUUGCUUAAAAAAAUCAUCCCUUUGGAAAUGCAGGAUUAUUAUAAUGAAAAAUAUUUUCUUUAAAUUAGACAAAUCGUAUUAUUCUACAUUUUGUUUUAUUGUCACGGUUUACCCGUAUAUUCAAGAGGUUGAACUUUCGUAAAUAUUCAAUCUUAAAAUUCAUUUUUCAUUUUUUAUAAAUCUUAACCCUUCUGCGUAUAUAGAGUUGAUAACAUUGUUGAUUAAUGACACGACGCGACAAUGUGAUGACGUCUCGCGUCGACAACACCAAGAAGGGUUAAGGCAAUGAUAAACACAGUUAAAAGUCUCGAUCUUUACCUGAAAAAGAGAUAGUGCGAUUGUGCUGUCGAUUUUAUGUCAAAUUUAAAAUUGGGGAAGAUAUAAAGUGGAAUAAAAUCAUAUGCAGCGAAAUGUAGUACUAUCGAAGUGUCUAUUGCAGAAGUGUAAAGGAAUAAAAGUGCGUAUCAAGAUGAGUAUCGAUAAUUAAAUAGCUGUUGUAUGAUUGUAUUUAUAUAUAUACAUAACGAUACAUAUACAUAUAUAUGUGUAUAUGUAUACAUAUAUAUUGCAUUUAAUGCAGUAGAAAUACGUAUGCGUCUGUAAAGAUCUGAGUGUUUAGGGACAAUUCCAAGAUCUAUCGUGUAAUUUAAAAUAGCCAAAAUAUACAUAUAAGUGGUUAUUUUUAUGCAAGUCAAAAUGAUUGUAUGAUGAGCCAAGUGAUAAAUUACGUUCGUUGCUAGCGUGAAGCUGCGACUGCAUUUUUGCAACUGUUCGUUUCAAAUGUUACGCGUUUCGUAAAAUCGUUAUUCUCUUCUUUUUCUUACUUUUUUUUCACACACAUACAUUACAAGACAAUGCGAUCGCGCGCUCAGCGUGCUUCCGUCAAGCGUGUAAGCGCCAAGAUGCAAAGAGAACUUUUUCUAAAAACAAAUUUAUAACGUGCGAAUAUUGUUAUUUUUACCUCGUUUUACAAUUGAACAAUUGACUCUCUGCGAUGUACGAUAUUAUAGUAACACACGGUAUAAUAGCCUCGUCUUCUGAUAUUUGUUAUUAGCGAUUUUCGUUACGCGAAUAUAAAACGAGCAUCGUAGCCUCAUGUCGUGUAAGUUAGGUUUACGAGAUUUUGUUUCGUACAACCGCUACAACGUUGUAUAGCACAUCUUAUAAAAUUUGUAUUCACGAAAUGCAAGAUUUUAUUUCUUAAUAAAUUUUUGAGUGCCUAAUAUACAUGA